AUGCAGUCUCUUGCCCAGGAAAUAAAAUCCUUCUCUAAAACUAAUCUGAGAAAACAAUGCACCAGGGUGACAACUCUGAGUGGAAGGCGGAUUAUUGAGACCUGGAAAGGAUCCACUGUGCAUGUGGUUGAAGAUACUGUGCAGCCAGAGACAACAUUUGGUUAUGUGCAGGACACCAACUGGGACCUUCAAGUUGGUGUUAUUAAACCACACUUAUUGCUGGGUUCUCAAGAUGCAGCACAUGACUUUGGAACACUGAGGAAAUUCAAGGUCACACAUAUAUUGAAUGUGGCCUAUGGUGUUGAGAAUGCUUUUCCAGAUCUGUUUGUUUAUAAAACACUAAGCAUAUUGGAUCUGCCUGACACAGACAUCAUAUCAUAUCUUCAGGAGUGCAUACAGUUUAUAGAACAAGCCAAAGCAGAGAGAGGAGUUGUGCUGGUCCACUGCAACUCUGGCGUUUCUCGCUGUGCCGCUGUGGUCAUUGGAUACCUCAUGUCCAGAGAGGGCCAGGCGUUUGGUGACGCACUUGCCCUUGUGAAGUCGGCGCGAGCGGCCUCCUGUCCAAACCCAGGCUUCAUGGAACAGCUGAAAAGUUACAAACCACAAGCAAGCACACAUAUCAACGGUCACUGAACAUUCAGUGGGUUUCUGUAGCAUGACAGUCUAUUCAUGGUGCGCGCAUGUUGCCAGCAUGAGUGUGCAGAGUUGCAAUAUUGUAUUUGAACUGUUCAAAGAUAGCAAUAUCUUGUAUAAUUCAUACAGUGCACAAAUACCAUGUUAUAUACUGGGUAAGGUCACUUGACCGAAGUAGUAUGUUGUUAUUUGCGGCAAGUGUUAGAACAGUUCACAUUUUGGUAUGGCUUAAUUGAUCUUUUGUUUGUUUUACAGUAUAAUUCUAAUGUGUUAGGAUAUUGCAAAUAUGUUCU